ACAACCAUGGCGCUAUCCCGCCUCCCUCGAGUACUAGUAUCCGGCCACCGCCUCCUCAGCCGACGCCCAACCCCCCAUCACCGCCAGUUCACAACCACCACCACCACCCUUCAACAACAACAACACGCCCAACCCCAACCAGCACUAAACCGCCUCCUCAGAAUCUCCCCCGAGGUCACCACCGCCCUGUCCCGCAACCAACCCGUCGUGGCGCUCGAAUCAACAAUCUACACGCACGGCGCGCUCGGCAACGAUCUGCGCCUCGAAGAGAUUGUCCGCGCGCACGGCGCGGUACCGGCGGUAUGCGGCGUCCUGGCCGGGGUGCCGACGGUGGGCUUGACUCCGGAGGAAGUAGCCCGCAUGGUGGCGGCGGUGGGCGUGCGCAAGGUGUCAAGGCGCGAUCUGGCUUACAUCGCCGGGCGGGGGCUGCUUGGCAAUAAUGAUGGGACAAGUGGGCUGCUGCACGGGGGGACGACCAUUGCCGGCACCAUGGUCCUGGCCCGCCUGGCGGGGAUCCGCGUGUUUGGUACGGGGGGUUUGGGGGGUGUGCACCGUGGCGGGGAGAGUUCGAUGGAUGUAUCGGCUGAUUUGACUGAGCUGGGGCGUACGCGGGUUGCGGUUGUCAGUAGCGGGUGUAAAGGGUUUUUGGAUAUUCCAAGGACGCUGGAGUUUCUUGAGACGCAUGGGGUGAUGGUGGCGACGUUUGCCGAUGGGAGGUCGGUCGAGGGGGCGGGGGUGGAUUUCCCUGCGUUCUGGGCGCGCGAGAGCGGGACGAGGAGUCCGUUUGUGGUGACGGACGAGAGGGAGGCGGCGGCCAUGAUUCUGGCGCAGGAGCAGCUGGGGAUUGAGACGGGCUUGUUGUUUGCCAAUCCCAUCCCCGAGGAGCACGCGAUCCCGAGGGAGGAUAUGGAAGCGGCGAUUGAGACGGCUGUGAGGGAGGCUGGGGAGAAAGGGUUUACCGGCAGUGCCAACACGCCGUAUAUCCUCAGCCGCAUCAGGAAAUUGACGCAGGGCAGGAGCGUGCCGGCGAAUAAGGCGCUGGUGCAGGCCAAUGUCGCGCGCGCCGCCAAGAUUGCGGUGGAGUUGGCGAAGAUGAUGGACGGCUCACCGGUCACGGUCAAGACGGCGGCUGCAGAUGUAUUGGAGAUUCAGACUGAGGCCCAGGACUGUCGCGUGGUGGAUGUCCUAGUGGCAGGCUCUGUCGCCCUUGACUGGAACUGCAACUAUGUGGGUGGUGGUGCCGCGGCCGGGGCCGGCGACGACGCAGUCUCACCGAGAUUGCACACCUCUAACCCAGCCUCGAUCAACCAGUCCGUCGGUGGCGUUGGGCGCAACAUAGCCCUGGCGGCGCACAACGUCAGUGAGGAAGGACAGGUCAGGCUCUGUAGUAUGGUUGGAAAUGACAGCGCGGGUUCAAUGAUACUCUCGAAUCUCCGCGCCUCUGGACUCGACACCUCCUGUGUCCGCCAGCUCGGACCCGAGCACCCCUGGGCACGUACAGCACAAUAUGUGGCUAUCAACGACAAACGCAACGACCUUGUGCUGGCCAUGGCCGACAUGGACAUAUUCUCCAAAGAUUCUUUUCCAGAAUACUGGAACUCGGUCGUCGCGGCAACCAAACCCAAAUGGCUUGUAGUCGACGCCAACUGGGCCGAAGCAGAUAUCCAAGCCUGGAUUCGCGCCGGACGGAAGCACGGCGCCAUGAUCGCCUUUGAGCCCGUCUCCGAGGCCAAAUCCCAACGGCUAUUUCCCCCGCUCGGCGCCCCCAGAACGGGUCUAGGCAUCUACCCUGACCCAAUCGCCGAUAUCUGCACGCCAAACCAGUACGAGCUCCUGGCCAUGGGCAGAGCGGCCAGGCUCAACGGGUACUUUGAUAGACCCACCUGGUCCGAGAUGGUCGCCGUCUUGGGCAGCAGCAUGGACAUGAACAGCCGCACCCGUGCGUUAUUUCCGAACAUGGCUCUGGAUCAUGCGGACGCAUUCGGCAUCCCCAAGCAGGCUUUGGACCUGCUGCCGUAUAUCCCCACCAUCGUCACCAAACUUGGCGCUCAGGGGGCGCUGCUGACUGCCCUACUGACGAGGGACGACCCGCGGCUGGCAGAUCCCAGCGAGGCGGAGUACGUGGUUGACGUCCGUGGUAAGGGCCAUCCCCUUGUUGGUGGAGUUUACAUGCGAUGGUUCCCGGCGGUGGAGGAUGUCGUGGUGCCGGUGUCUGUCAAUGGGAGCGGUGAUACCUUCAUGGGCGUCCUGGUGGCAGGGCUGGCGAUGGGCGGCAAGGUCGAGCGGUUGGUCAAUGUUGCGCAGGAGGCGGCUGUCAUGACGUUGAUGAGUGCGGAGAGCGUGAGUGACAAGGUGAAGACGUUGAAGGGGCGGUUAAGGAGAGCUGCUGGGAUGUCAUGGGUGGUGACAGCCCGCUUAUAGACUAGGUCGGUUGGGAUUUGUGCUUUGUCAGUAUAGGUGAGACAUCAGUUGAAGGCUAAAGCUUGGUGAGAUCAACUAACUAGUAG